UUUUCCGGCAGCGGCGGCGGCGGCGGCAGCGGCGGCGGAUCAUUGUUGUGUAGGAGGAGGGCGGCGGGGAUGGACUUGAUCUCUCGGGUCUCCUGCUAAGGCGGCAGCACAGCGCGCCCCGCCGCCCAGCCAGCGCUGCGCCGGGCAGGGAGGGACCGGCCCGGCCCCCCGCCCGCUCCCCGGCUCUUUAUUUUUAGGGGGCUCUGCUGCUCCUCUCCCUCGCCCUUAUCUCCCCCCCACCCCCUCCCCGCCCGCACACACGCACAGGGACACGCACGCACCCUCCUCCGGUGCCCUUUCAUCCUUCCCCCCCUUCCUCCUGCCGCGGCAGAUGCGCCGCGGGUCACCGCGCAGCUGGGACUAUGGUGAAAUUUCCAGCUCUCACUAACUACUGGCCCCUGAUCCGGUUCCUGGUCCCUCUCGGCAUCACCAACAUCGCCAUCGACUUCGGGGAGCAGGCCUUGAAUAGGGGCAUCGCUGCUGUCAAGGAAGAUGCUGUGGAAAUGUUAGCCAGCUAUGGGCUGGCAUACUCCCUGAUGAAGUUCUUCACGGGUCCGAUGAGUGACUUCAAAAAUGUAGGUCUGGUGUUUGUGAACAGCAAGAGAGACAGGACCAAAGCAGUUUUGUGCAUGGUUGUGGCUGGCGCUGUAGCUGCUGUAUUUCAUACCUUAAUAGCAUAUAGUGAUUUGGGAUAUUACAUUAUUAAUAAGCUGCACCAUGUGGAUGAAUCAGUGGGAAGUAAAACUCGGAGGGCCUUCCUAUAUCUUGCUGCCUUCCCUUUUAUGGAUGCCAUGGCAUGGACCCAUGCUGGGAUUCUGCUGAAACACAAGUACAGUUUCCUAGUGGGAUGUGCCUCCAUCUCAGAUGUCAUAGCUCAGGUUGUUUUUGUAGCCAUUUUGCUUCACAGUCACUUGGAGUGCAGGGAGCCUCUCUUGAUCCCAAUCUUGUCCUUAUACAUGGGAGCACUUGUCCGAUGUACCACACUCUGCCUCGGAUACUACAGGAACAUACAUGAUGUUAUUCCUGACAGAAGUGGGCCUGAAAUGGGGGGAGAAGCUACAAUAAGGAAGAUGCUGAGCUUCUGGUGGCCUUUGGCAUUAAUUUUGGCAACUCAGCGAAUAAGUAGGCCCAUUGUCAACCUUUUUGUCUCCCGGGACCUAGGUGGCAGUUCUGCAGCCACUGAGGCAGUAGCAAUUUUGACAGCUACAUAUCCUGUGGGACACAUGCCCUAUGGCUGGCUGACAGAGAUCAGAGCUGUAUACCCUGCUUUUGACAAGAAUAACCCCAGCAAUAAACUGGUGAACACCAACAGCACCGUCACAGCGACGCAUAUCAAGAAGUUCACUUUUGUUUGCAUGGCAUUGUCCUUAACGCUCUGUUUUGUGAUGUUUUGGACGCCAAACGUGUCAGAGAAGAUUUUAGUUGACAUAAUUGGAGUAGACUUUGCUUUCGCAGAGCUGUGUGUCGUUCCUUUGCGCAUCUUCUCCUUUUUUCCACUUCCAGUGACUGUCAGAGCACACUUGACUGGUUGGCUGAUGACUCUGAAGAAGACAUUUGUGUUGGCACCCAGCUCAGUGCUGCGGAUUAUCGUCCUCAUCACCAGUCUCAUUGUGCUGCCUUACUUGGGAGUUCAUGGAGCCACUCUUGGAGUAGGAUCCCUUCUCGCUGGUUUUGUAGGAGAAUCCACCAUGGUCGCAAUAGCGGCCUGUUACGUCUAUAGGAAACAGAAAAAGAAGAGGAAUGAGAAUGAGACAGCUGCAGAAGGCGAAGACUCUGCAAUGACCGACAUGCCUCACACGGAGGAAAUGACAGACAUCGUAGAAAUGAGAGAAGAGAAUGAAUAAUAAAUGGGAUGCAAUUGUUCUCUGCAGGGACGAUUGGAGUGACGCUUCAGCAUCUUGUCGUCUCUCAUACUUUUUUGUUUGUUCGUUUUUAUUUUUGUAAUAAAGAGGCCUUGAUUUAAAAGGUUUCAGAUAAAUUCUCUAGCAUACUGAGUAUGCUCUCACUGAUGAGGGACCUAAAAAGAGGUCUUUGCUUCUUUUUUUUUUUUUUUUUUCAACUGAAUUUUUUUUCUCACUCCAUGCAAGCAUAAAAGAUACAAUUGCAUCACUGUAGAGUCUUCCUUACUUAAGCAUCCACCUUCUCUGGACAAUCUGCAUUUGUCAACCAAAGCCCUGCUCCCGUGCACCUGUGUGUGUGCGGCCCUGUGCUUGCACGCUCACACAUGCACACCGCCACGUGCCACUGGCUCGAUGCUACUGCCAUAACCCCACUCCCUCCCCUCUCUCCUUUUCCCUCCUUUUCUUUAUGAGAAAUGGAAAAGAAGUUUGGAAUACAGAGCUUUAUUUUACUUGCUUGAAAAUGACUUUGCUACAUAAACUAAUAUACUAUGGUGAACUGUAUCUUUUUGUUUGGCCUCGUCACUAGAGCUUAUACUGCACAGGGUAUAAGACAGGGAGGAACGUGGGAGUCUCCCCAUAAAAAGCGGAGAAAAACAGGUUCCUCUCUCAUGUUGAAAGUAUGUGGGUGUGUAUACACACACACAGGUACAUGAACAGAGACAUACAUAUAUAUAUUUAUAUAUAUAUAUAUGCAUAUGAUAAAAUACACACAGGACAAGAACUCUAUUUAGCUUUCAUUCCAUCAGAAAGAUAGUAAUCUUUUGAAAAAUAUAAACAUUGAAUUCAGAAUUUUCUUGAAUCAUUAAGUCCCACCUUACGUGUAAUUUUAUUUAGGAAAAAAAACAUGCACUUUCCUCUUGUAAAGAGGGUGAUGGCAACUGAUAGACUUUGACUGUAUUUGAAUAAAACAAAAAUAAAUAUUGACAAGCUUUACCAAAGUUCUUGUCCACUGAUCUAACUUUAAUUUUUAAAGGCUGAUUCAUUCUCUAUAAUUAUUUCUGGUGCCUCUAUAUUAAAAAAGAAUAAGAUCAGAUAAUGUAUGCAGGAUACCACGCUAGAUAACAUUACUACACAUAGUUCCAUAGAAUUUUUUAUAUAGAGAUGUACACAUACUCAUAUGUGUAUGUGCAUGUGUAUAUAUACAUUUCUAUAUACAUGCGCACACACACAAAAAUGUAUGUUUUGCUAUAAUGUAUUUACCUAUGCAGUAGAUUGAAGUCCAUAUGGUGAAGCUCAAGUACUGAUGGUCCUCCAAGCUGAAAAUUAGGCACUUUGAUGAUCUGUUGGCUCUCAAGGCAGCGUUGUGUGGGAGCAAGGAGCCAUUCACAUCAGCCCUGGGGAGCUGUGCGCUCCAUGUGCUUGUGGCUGGAGUGUGCCUUAAAUAACAGCGUGAGGUCAGGUGGGAGACUCAGAUUAGGUGGAAAUGAAGGCUGUGUAAGAGGUGAGGGAAGCAGGGAGGUUUUGGGUGUCACUGAUGCUGCUGUGGCAGCAGCUUGUGCUUCUGUGCUCUUCUGUGUUUGGCUGCGGGGCAGCACUUGUUACUGGUCUGUAGUAGUUUGGGUCCUUUCAGAUUUAAUCAUGUCAGAGUCUGGAAACCAUUAUCCUCCAUCCUAUAUCCAUAAAUCAGUUAAUUUAAACCUUAUUUAGUAAAAGUAUAUUUUUCUAAGUUAUGGAAAUUAUUAUUUAAUUGUGGACAAAUUGUUUCUAGAUUUAUUUGCCAGGUAGUCCCAGCAGUCAGAGAACUGAUCAAAACUAAACAUUACUUAAAUGUUUUAUCACUAUAUGUGUGUGUAGACAUACACAUGUGUAUAAAUAUAUAUAUAUAUUGUAUAUUAUGUACAUUUCUUUUAAACCACAAUACGUUUGCUAUUUUUCCAAGUUCAGCUAAAAAUGUCUCUACAAAACUACUGAGUUGACUAGUAACCAGUUAUGGCCAUCAUGAAAGACAUUGUAUCAAUGAACUUCACAAUUUAUUGGAAAGAUUUGUACCAAUCUGUUACAUGUGCAAAUACAAUAAGAAAGAAAUGUAGAAGUUACUGUGUUAACUGGCAGAUUUGCAAAAUCAGUUCAUAGUUAAUGAGCAGUGGCACUAGGAGGGUAAGACUAAAACCAUGUAGUAACUAGUAACCAUGUUUGCAGUGUCACCACAGGGUAAAUACUUUUUGACAGUAGUUUAAAACAAAUUCUUUUUAAAAACCAUCAGAUGAAUUAAUGUGUGCAGGAUGUAGACUGUACACAUUCAUGAAUACAGGUUCUCAAACAGUCAUAUGUAUAUAAUGUGUAUAUAGACAAUUACAGAUCACAGUGGCCAUUUGAGGUCUCCUCUAUUAAUGUAGUUUUGGUUUCUCUGGUACAUUUGUCUCCAAGUCCACAAGAUGCAGUUUUUCAGGAACUGUAGAGAUGAAGCAGAAAAAUAUUUUUGUGUAAUGUUUCUUUUGGUACGUGACUAAAAUUUAAACAGCAGUAUUUUUGAAGAAUUUUGAGCAUUAAUACCAUGGAGCAUUACCAGUACCAUUUCAAGGAAAUGAUUGCACCAAAAAGUAAAAAUCUGAAAACAAAGGAUAACACUGAGGCUUUUACUUUAGAUAAAAGAUGAACAGAUAUAAAAAAAUUAAUUAUUGCUCAUACAGAGCUAAGCAAUGCUAAUGGCAUUGUAAAAGAUAAAUUUUCAGUUGUAUGUGUAAUACUAGUGCUUUAUUUUGCAAGAUACUGAAUGAGCACAGGAGUGGUGGGAUUUGGGCAAGAAUUGAAGCAGUGACAUAUCGAUACCUGUAUUGCAUCUCUUUCUGCUUCCUGCAGGUCAUGUAUUUCUUUAUAUUUCUCUGCUGGAUUAACAAACUGUGAUGACAUUUCUGCAGGGAGUGGGUCUUAGCCAGCCCCUCAUGCUGGCCCAGGUGCUUGCUGGUGGGAAAGCAGGGUGCUCAGUGAGGGGGGAGCUCUUGCUCUGUCCCUUGCAGACACUGGGCCUACUUCUGGAACUGUUGGCAGGAGUUUCAGCAACCUUCUGAAACCUCGCUGCUCCCUGUUAGUGGGACAACUAUGGGUUGGGAGUGGGCAGACAUCCUCUGUGGCCAAAGCCCCAGUCAGAGCAUCACUGAUAGUGUCUCUAUCAGGUAGGUGCUGGUACAUGCCCUGUCCUGCACUUUUCCUUUCCAAAAGUACUUCCUUCAGUUCUAGUAAAGUGGCUUAGCAGUGUCUCUCUUGUGCUGUUGCUUAUGAAAUAGCUAUGUAUCUCAGUGGUAAUUAUUCUGCAAUAGCAACCCGUCUUGUUUCUGUGUCAGAGAGCUGGAGCACCGUCAUCUCAAUGAAUUCAUGUGGAGACAGCCUUUCCAGAUUGAAUUGCACAAUCAAAUUUACAAUAAAAAGAGAAAAAAAGUUGAUCUGCAUCUUACAUCUUAUGUUGCAGAGCAGCUCACACAGUGGGAAAUAACAGCAGAACACCAAUAAGCUGAGGAUUAAUGUUCCUCUGCUUUUAAUAAGUACAUAAAGUUGUGUUAAUGUGUCUUGACCUUUCCUUUUUCAGAAUUAAGAGGAAACACUGCAGGUUUUUUCCCCUCAGUGCCCUAAGCAGGCUGUCACGUUCACCAAGCACGGGACUUGAUGGACAAAGCUCUGCCCUUCUCAGCCAGUGUCUGAAGCCAUUUGGGUGCAGCAGCGGGCUCCCUGGGAUGGGGCAGUCCCGCUCCCCAUCCCCCCUGGCACAGCCAUUCCAGGCAGCAGGGCUCAGAUCCCUGCUUGUUUAGAUAGAGCCGCCCUAAGUGAGAGGAUUGGGUAAGUAACAGAGAAGUCCUUUUGUUUUCUACUCAUUUUGCUGCUAAAUAUUGCCUUUGAGCAGGAGAUUUAUAUCUGGCUCUUGCUCGGUGUUUCACCGAACCUGCAGCCAGAGAGAAGCAGCCCCAGACGGAGGAGGGUUGGCUGAUGAAUGCAGCUGAUUCAGGACAGGCCACGGCCCACGAACAGAAACCUUUUCAAGGCAGGAGCGCCUUCUUUUGUGGGAUGGCGCCUCGUGCUUAAAAAGAAGGGAGAAAGGCUGCUUUCAGGCCUGGGCAGCCAGAGGCGUCGGGCGUAGUUUUGUGUUGGGCUGCAAGGUUGCAAGGGGAAGGGAGCAUCCUGCAGUUUCAGCAUUCCAGCCCUGCUGCUGGUGAAGUGCAGGACGGUGUAGGGCAUGGCCAGGCGGCAGGACCGAGGUCUUGUGGUUGUGGCAUGGUUGGCAGAAGCUCGAGUGCAGCUGGGUGUGCACCUGGGGAUAGUGGCAGUGACCCUUGGAAAGCCCAUGUAUAUGUGUAUGGGUGUGUGUAGGACAGUGUUGCACAAGCAAGUUUGUUUUGACUUUGGAAUAGUUCCUUGGAACAAGGGUUCAAGUCUAAACAUGAUCUCGACUCAUACCAAGCCAUUUUUUAAAAUGCAAUUUAAGCUACAUAAAAGAGUAAAUGAAACAGCAGACCUUAUACCGUUAAGCUAAAACAUGAUUUAGAUUAGUGAGAUGGAAUGGGAGAGAAAGAGGACAUGCUGAAAAUCUUACAGAUAUUGUAUAUCCCUCCUAAAGACAGCAGCAUGAUAUGGAGAUGAGAGAAUAAGAGGGCAGAGAACACCAUUUUCCUUUCAGCUGUCCUGGAGAGGGACUGAAGAAUGAGGAACAGUGUGUUCAUGUAACAAACUGUGUUGGUUUCCCAAUAGAGGAUCUUUCAGAGACAGGAGUGUGAAACACCUUUGAAGAUGAUUCAAGCAGAAAUAAACCAGCAUGUAGAUUUUAUAAUGUGCGUAAGGAGGCACUGCGCAUCUUCCAGUUUUUGAGUAACUGACAGGGCUGCAUUGGGGGAAUGCCACUUAAGUAUUAAUUAAACGUGACAAAAUCACAAUUUCAAUAGCAAAUUGGCAUGUCCCAAAUACCAGCUUAACCAUAAUAUGUUAGGAUUCCCUUCCCUUGUUGAUGUUUGGCUUUCAACUAGAGUAAAGCAAACCAUCUAUUUUGAAGGGAGUGAGGUCCUGUGGAGGGGCUGCAGUGCAGAACAGGCUGUGGGGGCUUGUGGUAGAGUCCCAGGUAUGAAGAGCAGCUCUGAAUUUAUUUUGUGCCCUGCAACACGUGGUAGCAGCCUGGCAGCAUUGUGAAACAAGGCAGAAAUUGUCCACUUAGCAGCAAACUGGGUCCAAGCGUGGUCACAAGCUGCAGCAGCCCUGCAGAGCAGCAGGAGGCCAUGGGAUGCAGGGUAGCCCUGGCUCCAAGCUUGGGCUCAGGCAGCUUGUGUGGAUUUGCUUUGGAGCACCAAGUUCAGUUGUCAGCACAGAGAUGCAAUCCUCAGCAAAACCACUGCCAGACUGCUCAGUAAUUGGCACCUUCUGAACAAAAAGGCUAAAGACAAAAUAUGGGGGCAGAGAGAUCGAGCUUUAGGCUCAGCUUGGAGCACAGACUUGCACAGAAGGACAUUUUGGCUGCGGCUCCUGCAAAUUAAUUGUAGGGUUAGAGAGUGAGCUUCAGUCUCAGCAUUUCAUAACCGUGACCUCCAAUCCAUCUCAGUAAAACAGAAGAAUGGCAGUAUAUUUCUAGGUGCUCUUUUGUCUAUAAGCCCAAGGGGAAACUUCUCCUUAGCUUUACCAAACCUUGUCACUGCUCAAAUUGAUUUAUUAGUUUUACCUCGUUAUUUUCUGUCAUUCCGAGUUUAGUGUCUUCAGACAUUUCCUCAUUUUCUUCUGAAGGUUUCUGCUAGGCUUAUUUUGUCUGUUGGCAUUUUGAGAAGGAAAAUGUAAUUGUCAUGCUGACUGGAUGUCAACUAAUGCUGUGAUUAAAAAGUAGCUUACAACAAAACUUUUCUUUGAUGGACUGUUUUUUACUUACUUGCUAAGCUGAAAAGGAGUCGAGAAGUAGGAGGAAUUGGGGGGAAUCUUUAUCUAAAAUCAAGAAUUAAAUGAGUUAAAUUAAGUUCAUUUCCUUAAUGAACUCCAGCCACCUUGUGACUUUCUAGUGAAAACCUUUACUCAGACUUUUCCAGCAAAGUUAUCAGUGCAUCCCCAGAGCAGCACAGAUUAGUUUGAGGCAUGCAGGUUUUGUAUAUUUCACAACUGAAUGUAUAAGAAUGAGUUGAAUAGCCUGAUUAACAGGGUUAACCAUUAUGUUUAACCAUUAAGUUUAAAAUUCAUCUGGACAUGAGCAGGCUAGUCCAGUAUCAAAGGUGGCCCUGCUUUGAAUGGACAGGGACUUAGCAAAAAAACUGCCUGUAAUCCCCUUACAACCUAAAUUGUUCCCUGAUUCAACCAGGAAACUAGAGAGAUUCCUUCAUCUUAAAGUACUGAAGACUGCUUGCCUUUUUUCAGUCUUUUGGUUCAGGAUUGAGAGACUGUGCAUGGUAGGGCGUCUACAAUGUAGAUAUGUGAGCAAAAACGUUGAGCUGCACAGAUUACUUUGCUGAUGACAAAACUUUGGUAUUGCAGAGCCAGCUUUACAAUAUCCUCCCACCCUCUGGGAGCCUACAUGAGAGCAAAGCAAAAAUAAGCUUUUGUAUUGGCAGAUAAUGUAUUUGAGUACUGUACUGCACUUCUCCUGUUAACUCUAAGCAAAACUGCCUGGAAACCACAAGCAAUUGCACUUAUAACCUGCUUCUUCCCACUUCUCUUCAUGUGCAUCAUUCAGCAUUUAAAAAAAAGCUACCUUUUCCUCAUAACUCCCCUUUGUAAUCAAGGUAAUGCAAAAUAAAUACUGACAUUUACAUAAUAGAAUGGCUUGGCCUACCUGCAAAUGAGAACAUAUAAAUCCCCUCUUAGGAAAGGAUGUAAAAAUUGGAACAGCAGCUUUAUCCAUAAUUCAGCAAAAACCCCACAGAAAUGCAAAGAAAAAAUUGAAGAACUGAAAAUAAAUUAAUUUCAUUAACUUUUAAGGAGACUAUUGUCUAGGUGGCAAGCAAGGUGUAUGUACACACACAGAAAAGCCUGGAACUAACUUCAUUGCUCAACUUUGUAGUUUGCUUUCCAAAGCAAAUCUAGCUCUGUUUUUGUGCCUAUUAUGAUGAACAAAAAGUCCCUCCUAUGCUAUAAUUAAACAAUUGGAAGGCUUCAGGCUAUAAAUUAACUAGUUACUUAGAUCAACUGAUUUUAUCCAAGUUUGCAAGCACCACAAAACUGCAAAAGCAAAAUCAAAAUUAAGAAGAAGAAAAAAGUUAGAUACCUGUUUUUGUAGAUGACAUUUUCUUGCUUAUUACCAUCAACAAGAUUUUCACUUGGCUUAAUAAAAUUAUUUGCAAUAUAUUUGUAUAUUUUUAAAAAGCAAAUGCACAUGAUGCAAGGCUUAACCUGUGUUUUCAAAUGGCAGAAACGGCCCCCGCUAUCAUAAAGGCAAUCAAACUCAAAUCAUGUCAGGCUUUGAUCUUCCAGAACAUUGCUCUGUCUGCCCCCUUAUUUUAGAUAAUUUAGAUUAUUUUGUGGUGUAACUGCCUCUGCCUUAGUUUUGUGAAGCCAAAUACCUAUGGAGGGUUUCUGAUAAGAGAUUUGAAGUUGGGAUUGCAGGUAGUGUCAAAGCCCCCUGCACCGAUUGUGCUGUUUGGCAGGGCACUCUACCACCACGGGCCACAGAAGUUUAAAGUGGACUUGAGUUUCUCUGGUGGAACGGUUGAAACGCAUUUCACGGGGUUUGGGCAGCACAGGUUAGCAGCAUUCCCUUUGAGAAAGACUUGUUAAACCUACAUGAGACAGAAAGCUUCUGAGAGUGCCUGAGGAGGAGCACAUGUGAGUGUUGAGGAGAGAGUGUAUGUAUGUGGACAGAGAUGGACAGAUGGCUGCAAAUGAAUGAGCUGAAGUGUCUUUUGCAAUCACCCUGCAAGGACCAUACUGGUGGGCAAGGAGAGCAAUAAACCCUUCAUUUACUGUCUUUAGUGAAAAGUUCUCUGGCAUUUAAAGGUUACCAGGCAUCUCAGUUGAUCCUAGUUACUAGAGAAAAACAAACUUUGCAGUGCUAGGAACACAACAGAGAGAGCAAAAUUCACUGCACCUUUUGCAGUGGAGAAGCCAGCGUCACACAGCCUGCUCUCUCCAUCUUUGCAUAUUUGAGCAGGGCCAGCCACAAGGUCACUCUAGAAGGAAACUACAAAUGUUAAGCAAAACGUAAAGUACAGAGCAGCAGCUGAGAACUGUUUUGUCUUCACAGCAGGCAGUCAUCAUGGAGGAGAACCAAACUGUGUAGCGGUAACUCCCAGGAAGUCUCAGUUCUGAUGCAGUUUCUGAACAAAGAUAGCUUUGACCACAUCAUGCAAGGCCAGACUGCACCAUUUGUAACAUGAUACUACAAGCACAGAAGGUUCUCCAGUUUCAGAGGGGUGCUAUAAUGCUGGUGAAAGUUGUUGGGAUACUACAGGGAACAGUGUCACAGAAAUGCCUAAAAAUACUGAAUUCAUAUUUACAUGUUCUAAUUGUGCCUUUGGGUUCUCUAAAACUGACUUGUUUUUAGUUUUACAUAAAUACUUUUAGAAUUUAGAGUGAGAAGUAGCAUCUCGAAGCAGCAUCCUAAAAAAAAAA